GGUAACAUCGAUCAAAUGUAUUUCUUUGUUCCCUGUAGCAAUCAAAAUUAAAUUAAACAUCUUUCGUGACACAAAACAAUCAAAUAUGCCCUACAGAGCUACUUCCCUUUUCCUCAGGCUUCGCUUUCCUGGAAAUCACGUGACAGGAAAGUCUCGACAACUCUGCACAAUCAUGGAACGAACUUUGACGAAGAAGGAUCAGAAACAACUGAACAGAUGGUUAAACGCAAGGAAGAACUUUGAACUGCUGUACAAGGCCGACCGUGAUGGUUGUUCCAACACCGCCUUCCACCAGAAGUGUGACAACAAAGGGCCUACAGUCACAGUCUUCUAUAACACGUCGGACUGCGUGUUUGGUGGCUACACCUCGGUCAGCUGGGACUCUACUAAUGCCUACAGGGUCGACCCGACAGCAUUCCUGUUCCGUUUGUACUUCAAAGGUUCCAGCAGCCCUAAAAAAUACCCAGCAACAAACGGCACCAAUGCAAUUUACGGACAUGCUAACUAUGGCCCUACUUUUGGGAGUGGUCAUGACAUUUACAGUUUCAAUGCGACUGUGGCCUUGAGCGGUGCAUCCUUCCCACUCAAUGGUUCUUUGGCUCCUGGUACAAGCUACGCCCUGGCGGGAGACAAUGCCGCAUCACUGGCCUGUUCCAAUCUCAACUGCUACGAUGUGGGAAGUCUACAGUGUGAAAGAUGGAAGCAUUAUCAACGACGACCCAUGGAGACAACUGACAGAAAUCUGUCAUGUGGAUAUUUUAUUUUAGUAACUUGCAUGCAGCUACUGACAUCAGUGUUGGUGCUUCAGGUUCUGAAAUCCGAGAUCGAAACAUAUUCACCCAUCGAUGGGGUGAAGGUAGGACGAGUCAACAUUCUACUGGUGGGGGCAGUAGGAGCCGGUAAGUCCAGCUACUUCAACACCAUGAACUCAAUCUUCAGAGGUCACGUGACUAGUCAAGCCUGCAGCGGAAGUGCCGAACACAGUCUUACGACGAAUUAUCGGAAGUACAAAGUCCGGUCCUCCGAGACGGGUAAACCACUUAAGUUCCGACUGUGUGACACACGAGGCCUAGAGGAAGAGCAAGGCCUGGACGCGACUGACGUGGUAGCCAUUGAUGGCCACCUUCCUGACAAAUAUAUGUUUAACCCAGCUGUGUCAAUUUCGCCUGACACCCCUGGAUACAAUAAGGCCCCUGUAACACAAGACAAGAUACACUGUGUGGCAUUAGUCAUGGAUGGCUGUUCCGUGGACGUGUUCUCGGACAAAAUUCUGCAGAAUAUGAAAGCAGUACAGCAGAAAGCUAACCAGAGAGGUAUACCACAAGUGGCCAUCUUAACCAAGGUGGAUAAGGCCUGUCCACAUGUUGAAGAGGAUCCAGGGACCCUGUUCUACAGCUCUGCAGUCAGUGAACUGGUGGAACAAGUGUCCCAACUCAUUGGUCUGCCCCUGGCCCACGUUCUGCCCGUGAAGAACUACGAGAAGGAAAUGGAGUUGGUGGAUGACGUGGAUGUUCCUGCUCUGAUCAGCCUCCGUCAGAUGCUAAGAUUCGCUGAUGACUAUCUCUACAACUUCCUGGAUGAGGAGGAAGAUUAGAAAGGGAACCAUACUGAUGCCAAUGAUCAACGCAGAUGUUCUGUACCCUUUCGUUGUAUAUG